GGCAUCUAAGAUAGACAUUGCGCCAUAUAAAAUGAUUGAAGCCACGCCCGAGCAGCUUGACGCGGGACGAAAACAGCCAGGCGAGAAAGACGACGACAUGGAAGCAAUGGAGUCGCUCAACCAGACGUUGCUUACAAAGGAAAGAAACAGCAAUGACGAGUUGCAGCAAGCUCGGAAGGCGUUCAUAGAGGCUUUGCAGAAAUUCACAAAUGUUCGGUCACAUAUAGUUGUCAAAAGGAUGGGCGAGAUAGACCCUAGAGCGUUUGCGAAUGCGUACAGAGCAAGUGCACCAGAUGGAGAUGCGCAGUUAAACUCUGCUGUUCUUUGUUCUAAAUGGCAAGCAGAAAUCGCAAACCCACAGUGGCAUCCUUUUAGGGUAGUCACGGUGGAUGGUAAACCGGAGGAUUCCUGUCACUGGAAAUGUUGCAGUCAAAUCAGAGAUCGAGCUGGCGGGUCUGAGUGGGAUGUCGCGGUAAGGCACCUCCACGGAACACCUCGUCGGCUAGGGGUGGUGUAUCACCGGCUUCAUGAGGCAACAGUGUGAGAAGCAGAGAUGGUGUCACUCCCCAUGAGAAUAAAGGCUGGUUAGCGGUGGCGGAAACCGAUCAUCUGCCUCCGCGUGGCUGGUCUCGCACCGUGGAAAAACGCGAGGGCAUGACCACUUCGCCCUAUCUGCAAUAAAGGGGGAAAAGGAGAAAAAUAAAUUCAGGAGGAGAAGAACUCCCUUGGCUGUUGUGGCCUAUAAAGAAGAUAGGUAGUGCGUUUACUUUUUACAAAGGGAAAUCAAAUUAACUAAUACUGUGUAACCAAAUAUUUGAUUAAAGUGCAUUGCAGAUAGCUAAAAGUUACCUUUAUAGAACAGCAACAUAAACAGCAGAUCCAUUGUAUCUGAAAGCAUUAUCUAAUGCCUACCGAGGAAAGAAAAUAGAUCGAGUAAUUUCUUUUCUGAAGCUGUACCUCAUGAUCUAUGACUAUAAUGUCUAGUUCAUAGAGGGGCAUCGGUUGAUCUCUGUAUUCCCAGAUCGUGGAAUGCGCACAAGAAUAUUCCACUGACAGUUACGGGGUGACACAUCCUUGAGCAACAAAAUAUGCACUUUCCCUCUCCUGACCUAUGUGAGAAUAGGAAUUUUUUAGCAUGUAGAGGCAUACUGGAUAACGGGGUAUCAAUUAUCAAAAGGUAAACAGCUGAACUCAGAGGAACACGCAGUUUCUUAGGGAUGAAAAGAUGGAUAAUCUCGAGAGCAUCAGAAAUAGGAAAAGGAACAGAGAAAGAGGAGGUCAUACAUGAAACCUUGGCCUAUCCAAUCGAUGAUGUGGAUGCCUUCGUAGU